AUGGAAGAAGAGAAAAUUACCAAUUCGGAACAAGACGGAAACAAUGGCAAGACAACAACACCUGAAAAUGUCGAAGAAAAGAAAAAUGAAGUGCUGCUUACACAAGCAAUUAAUACAGUUGAAGACAAAGAAAAACACGAGGCUGAACCAAUGCAAACUGAAAAGUCUGAACUUGAAGAGUUAAAAACUGAAGAGUCUAAGCCCGCUGUAUUAACUCAAACAGAAGAAGUUGAAAAACACAAGACUGAACCAAUUCAAUCUGAAGAGUUAAAACCUGUUGAGUCUAAACCUAUAUUAACUCAAACAAAAGACGUUGAACAAACAGAAGCAAAAUUGGACGAGAAAGUUGAGACAAAUAGCAACAAGAAAAAACAAGAGAAGCAAGAGAAACAAGACAAGAAGUUGUCCAAAAAAUCCAAAAAAGAAGAUAAGUUGAGUUCUUGGGGUGAAUAUGGGCAUUCUAAAACAACACAAACACCAAAUUUAUUAUUUUAUCGGAAUGAAUAUGGUGGUGUCCCUGCUCGGGAGUGUUAUUCAUAUUCUCCAAAAAAGUCGAAAAAAGAAGAAAAGACCAAGGUUGAAAAGAUUUCUUUUAAGACUAAAAGUUCAUGGGGAGCACAAGACUUCUUAGACUUUUUGUUAUCAGUUCCAGAGUCUGAACGGUACCGAACAAUGGAAUAUCGUCAUGAUUAUGUCCAAUGGGUUUAUCCCAACUUUGUUGAGUCAAUGUUUAAUUACAACAGUUAUGCAUUAACUGAAGAUGAAGCUGUUGAACUCCGAAACGACGUAACAUGUGCCAUUCGCUUUGUUAAGUUAUUUCGAAUGUUUGUGAACUUUUUAGGAGGCGAUAUCGUCGACAUUGAAAGUGGUCAAAUAGCAGUCUUAGAAGACAAAAAAGUACGUGAAGAACGCUUCGACAAUUUCAAUAUGAGUGGUCACAACUAUUUACGUGUGACUCGUAUUUUCAAUUCCCUUCGAGCAUUUGGCUUUGCGCAGUACGCAAAAUCAUUUUGGGACUUUUUUGAAGAGAAUCUGAAGAACUUCAAAAAUUGUAAAUCGUCGAAAGAUUCAUUCUGGAAAAAGGCAUUAGACGGUGACCCGAGAGUGACUGGUGAGCCAAAAAAAUUUGAAUAUAAAGACAGCAUUUUUUUCAAAUUUGUGGUCGAUGUCAAAAAAGACUCAAAAACUAAAGAAAAGUCGUUCGACGAACAACUCACAGAUAUCGAAAAGCAAACAAGAAAUAAUAAUCUUAGUCAUUUUUGA